AUGCUAGAAUUGCGUCGAAACUCUUCUCCAACAACCAUCAACAAUACCAUCACUCACUUAAAUUCACACAAAGAAAACAUGAGAGAAUCUAGAGAAGCGAGAGAAAUGACAUGCAUACAUAAAAGAAGAAACAGCACAAAAAAACGUGUCACAUUCAAUUCUUCAUUUCCAGGUGACGGCCUCCAUCAUCCUCAUCACAAUCAUCACGAAGCCGCCAGUGGAUCGACUUGCUGUGGAGGAGGAGGCAUGACUGUAUUCACCGGCGCAAACGCAGCAAAAUCACCGUCGGAACCAUCGGCGAGUCCGACAGUAUGGCGUAAAACAUCGCAUCCCCCACUGCAUUUCAACAACAACGAAACCCGAAAUCGAAAUCUUCAAAUGCAAUUGAAGAAUCGAGGAACCAAGGACGAUUGGGGAGCAUCACUCAGAUACGAUAUCGAAGAGCCGACAUCCUCGUGUCUCCUUUCCGAACUUCUUCCUGACGUCCCAAUUGUUCGAAAGCUGAGUCGACCGAGUGCUACGUUAUCAAAAAUGGAGGAUUUCGACGACACGUGUUCGGUGACAUCGACAGGAUCCGAUCGGACGGUGCUGUCUCCGAUCGUCCCCAUGUCGAUUUUCGAUAAAUUUCUGUGCUUGACAGAGAACUUGAACGCGCUCAUCAGUCAUAUUAUAGCAGAAGCCAAGCAGAAUACGGGGUCUGAAGACUACGCAGUCUUCCUCCACGACGAAGACCACCAUCAGCUGGUGCUUUUCAACAAUGAAACGAUGCUAAUGACUGGACGACGAUAUCCGAAACCAUCUGGAAUCGUGGGUCGUGUUCUGAAAACGAUGCGAGCGAUGAACAUUCGUGACGUGGCGAGAUGUCCUUUUUUCAAUCCUGAUAUCGAUGCGCAGUUUGGUGUGAAGCCAAAAGAGAUGCUCGUUUUUCCAUUGGUUGACAAUACGAUUGCCGUCAUCGGAGUGAUCGUCUUGUACAACAAGGAAGGCGGAUUCACGCGUCACGACGAGAAGUACGUCAAACGAUUCUCGCUGUUCGUCGCCAAUGCCGUCGCGGGGGCAAUCCUGGCGAAACAAAUCCAAGAAGUCGAGACGAGGAUACACAUGGUUGAGGAGUUCAAAGUACAGGGAGAGGAUGUUGUGGUAUGUUUUUUCAAAAAAUUUGAGCUAAACAUCUUCUAUUACUUUCAGAUAGAAGAAGUGGAAAUCGGUCGGCUCGUGAACGAUCCGCUGCGAGAUUGGCGAUAUUUCAGUCAGAAUUUCGCCGAUUUCUCGUUUCCGCCACGUUCGGUUGGAGAGAAUCACUUCCAUAAAGCAUCGAUGAUGUUCUUCGAAGAUUUGGGAUUCUCGAUGCAAUACAAAAUCAACAAACGAAAACUCUCAUUCUUGGUUCUCCGUGUCUCCGUUGGCUAUCGUCCAGUUCCUUAUCAUAACUGGUCUCACGCCUUCGCUGUAACCCACUUCUGUUGGCUCCUUCUCCGAACUGAAGCUAUCCGAAGUGCACUGAAUGAUAUGGAACGGUUAUCGCUUCUUAUUGCAUGCCUCUGUCACGAUAUUGAUCAUCGAGGGACAACGAAUUCAUUCCAAAUGCAAUCCCUCCAAAAGACACCGCUUUCAAUUCUCUAUAGCACUGAAGGAAGUGUUCUCGAGAGACAUCAUUACGCGCAGACCGUGAAACUGUUGCAACAAGAGGAAUGUUCGAUAUUGGAGAAUAUUCCAGGACCAGACUUCCGAACGAUAGUCAAUACGAUUCGAGAUGUUAUUCUGGCAACGGAUAUAUCUGCUCAUCUCAAAAAACAAGAACGGAUUAAGACGAUGAUCGCUGAGGGAUACAAUCCAAUGUCUUUUGAUCAUCGGUAUCUUCUGAUGUCUCUUGUCAUGACUGCAUCGGAUCUUUCUGAUCAGGCUAAGAACUUCCAUAACGCCAAACUCAUUGCUCAGAAUAUCUAUUUGGAAUUCUUUGCGCAAGGAGAUUUGGAACUUCAAUUGGGAGUCAAACCAUUGGAAAUGAUGGAUCGGUCGAAUGCAUAUGUUCCGACGGUGCAGAUUGAUUUCUUAUACAAAAUUGGAGUUCCCGUGUUUCAACUUCUGGCCAACGUGGUUCCUGAAGGCCGAACGACAGCCGAGGCAAUCGAGGCGAAUCAUCUGUGUUGGAUGGCACUAGACGAUGAAGUUCGAGAUGACAAAGCAUUUGGAAAUGAUUUGAAUUAUCUCAAAGACGAUGUUUUAGAGCGAAGAAUCUACGACAAAGUGCGAAAACAGGAUGCACGUGCCGCAGAAAUCGCUUCAAAACGAUUCGAGCCAGUGUACGCGAAUGGAAGUGUCGUCCCACAAACCCAGGAUAUCCUGGACCAUCGAUUCGAUGGAUACGAUAAACCGUACCAAGUGCCAGUUCCUGCUCAUUGCCCGAUUCGACAACUUCAACAAAUUCGAACAAUGCAGAAGCAUAAGGCGAUGUGUAUCGUGAAAUAUCGAAAAUUGGCAGAAGAGGCGGCUCAGGCGAAAUUAGAGCAAGAGAAUCGAGGCGACACUCACGAUUAUCACAACGACUAUCACAAUGAAUACCAUCCAGAUCAGGAUAAAAAGCAAGAAAGUGAAAAUAACGAAUACUAUCAGGAAGACGAUAUGAGGGACAUUCCAUCGAAGCAGGAGUCGUUCCAGAAUGCGUCCGCUGAAAACGUGGCACUUCUGAAGCCAUCUGAUAACCCAACCAAUGGACAAUGCUGUAGUGACAGUGUCUCCCCAUCUCGACGAACUUCUCGAACACCACGUCGUCUUUGGAGACGUGCUCGUGCUCUCAUCUCCUCAAUGUCAUCAUCGUGUGCCUCUUGUUCGCCACUCCCGUCACGUCGUCAAGUCAGCGAGGAUUCUGAAUCCGGAUGA